CAGGGCAGAGAGAGAUGGUUGUGUAACUACCAGCCUUGAAGGAAGUGCCAGAAGGGUGUCAUCCUCUAAAAGAGUCAAGUGCAGGCAACGGAGCAGCUCUUCCUAAAAGAAUGUCUUGGGAUUCACUACGUGGGGAUGACUUGCGGCGGCCCAGGAUACGGACAGCUUCAAGCCUCAGUUCCAGCAGACUAGGGGACUAUAAAACACCAGAACUGGGGGACCUCCAGCGCAUGCUGUGGACACCUGUGCCCUGCCGUGGCAACGUCAAUGAGGUCUGGCCAAAUCUCUACAUUGGAGAUUUAUAUAUCGCCCGUGACAUUGAACAACUUCGCCGAAUGGGUAUCACUCAUAUAGUGAAUGCUGCUGCUGGAAGAUUCCACAUUGACACUGGACCCAAAUUCUACAAAGACCUGCCUGUGGACUACUAUGGGGUUGAAGCAGAUGAUGAUCCAAAGUUUGACCUCAGUAUUUACUUCCAGCCAACUGCUAAAUAUAUAAGAGCAGCGCUGAACUCUCCCAGAGGAAGAGUAUUGGUUCACUGUGCCAUGGGCAUAAGCCGCUCAGCAACACUUGUGCUUGCCUUCUUGAUGAUAUGCGAAAACAAGACUCUCGUGGAUGCCCUAAACAGUGUGCGGGAGCACAGAGGGGUCUGUCCAAACACUGGCUUCCUCAGCCAACUUCGAGAUCUUGACAUCCGGCUAGCGAGUGAAAGGGGGAGAGCAAGAAGCGAUCCUUUGAAGCUUUAUGCCACAGCACAGGGUUUUAACUUGGAAAAUGGAAAUCUCCAGCAUCAUUUAGCAUCUAAGAUUAAUCAUAUUUUUGGAGACAACGCAACAGAUCUCUUGCCUGGGUUAGCUCCUUUUCACUGCCAUUUACCCAUUCCUUUUGAAGCAGUGCUGAAAUAUAGAAUACGACUGGCACUAGGUGCAAAAUUUUAUGAAGUGACAUUGUUGAUCCCAGGAAAACCAUUAGAAAUGUCUUCCACUGCCCUGAAAACAGGGAAGAUAAGUGCGUACACGGCCGUCAAAGUAGACCCUGAUGGGGAUUACUGUACUCCUGGAGCAUUUGACCUGGAGAGGCUCUUUUGGAAAGGCAGCCCGAAAUAUACGCAUGUCAAUGAAGUCUGGCCCAACCUCUACAUAGGAGAUGAGAAAACAGCGCUUGAUCGUUACAGCCUUGAGAAAGCGGGCUUCACCCACAUCCUGAAUGCAGCCCAUGGUCGGUGGAAUGUCGACACAGGACCAGAAUACUACAGGGACAUGGCCAUUGAGUACUAUGGGGUGGAAGCAGAUGAUCUACCCACCUUUGAUCUUAGCCAGUUCUUCUACUCUGCUGCCAAGUUCAUUGACAAAGCGCUCCAGAAUGAGACAAACAAGCUCUUGGUCCACUGUGCCAUGGGGCGCAGCCGCUCAGCUGCCCUUGUCCUGGCUUACCUGAUGAUCUACAAGAAUAUGACAGUGGUUGAUGCCAUCGAUCAGGUGCUCAAACACAGGUGCAUUCUCCCAAACCGAGGUUUCCUGAAACAGCUAAGAGAACUGGACAUAAAGCUGGCCCUGGAGAGGAGAAACAUCGCCAAUGGGGUGGACUCUGCCAACAAACAGGAUGCCAGCACCGAAACAGAGAUUUAACAUUCCCUCUUUCCCAAAACACAAGCAGCUAAGAACCAGAAAGUCUGAACAAUAAGGCCCAUGGAGUUGUUUGUUUCUAAGUAAUUGGUGUGUGUGUGUGUGUGUGUGUGUG